AUGGAGAGCUGGGUAGGCCUUAACAGAGGCGCCCGUAUCCCAGACAGGAAGAAUUGCGUAGUCCACAUCACCAAUCUGCCCGUAACUAUAGAUUACGGGACACUUUUCAGUGCCCUCCGCGGCACAGGAAAGAUAAGCCGAGCCACGAUAGCCGGGAGCGAAGCAUUCGUCCAGUUCUGGUCGCGUGAUGGCGUCACGCGCUUACUAGAAAAGCAGAGGCAUGGUUUAUUUGUCAUCGGAACCCAAAUUCCCAGUGUGAAUAUCGCCAGCGUUGCCAGGGAGACAGCGCGAACGGCAACCUUACAUUCGCGGGUUCUUGUCAUCAACGGCCCCAAGGAGAUUGUAAACUACGAAUACCUCCGGAGAUUCUUUUCGGAGCGAUUCGAAUACAACAUAGAGUCGGUCGAGAUCACAGAUGUCCAAGAAGACCACCAGACGAUGCGGUGGUCUUUCGCCUCCUUUAAUGCCCAGAGCCGCAAGGCAUGGACGUUAAUCGGGGAGGAGAAGAAAAAGGCAUACGAAACAGGCGAUACCGACAGUCCCUGGAAAAACGUGUGGUUUAGUUACGAAAGCGAUCCUUGUCAACCUUACCAGACAAUCGUACCAUUCCCGCGUAGAACACCACCGCCACCACUACCAUAUACUGGACAACUCUACCACGAAGACCAUCCACCUUUUCCUUCCUCUGCUUCCUGGGGCCUUGGUUCAGACACGUGCAACGAGGACGAAGAGGAAAAUAAAAGCGAAUCAAUCGAUGGAAGAAGUCUCGACCAAAAUGUGUCGUCCACCAGUUCUAAUAGCGAUUCGCGUUAACACUAGAAGACAACCACGCGUACAACAUCACUGCCUCCACAAAAACCACCCCGUAUUCGGGAAUUAUUCCAGGACCGCCGACAUUCAUGUUGACCAACCCCCUCAACACCUCUUUACCUACGUUUUUUUCAGUGGUAUUACUCUGCGUGGGAGUAUUGAAAACAUCGAGCGAGUGGCUAUAAGCGUGGUAGAGUUUAUCGAUAAUCAGGAACUUAGAACGCACGCAUCCACGCACUAACCGUAGCGUUUUUCCAAUAAUAUUAAUUUCUCUAUAAUUCUUAAACUCCACAUGUCGCUUUUCAAAGGGGUGAUCUAGGUAGUUAGCAAGA